AUGCAUUCGGAUACAAAUCGCGAUGAUGUAUGUGGAGGUGGUAGCAGCGCCGCCCCCUGGAAAGAGAUUGCUGGUGAAAUUGACCCCAAAAUCGCGAUGUUGCUGGCGCCGGGUUUUUGUUGUGGUAGUGGUGGUGUUUCGGGCGACAAUGGUGGUGGUUCUAGUGCGACCGCAGCGUCGCGAUUGUUGGUGGCUAUGGUGAGGUUGUGGGGAUGGUGUAUUGUUGGUGUUGCCGCAGUGGUGUUGCCGCAGUGGUGUUGGUAUUGUGGUGGUGCCGACAGUGACGGGGUUUUCUUUUGGAUGGGGCGGUACGGUGCUUAUGUUGGUGGUAGUGGUGGUUUUGGUGUUGUUGGGGGGUUUUGGUGGUCUGGCUGCAACGGAGUGGGUCUGGUUGUGGCGGCGACUGUGAGGAUGGUGAUGGUUAUAGUUGGUACGUUUCUAAUCGACACCAAGAAGGAUAUGACUGGUGGAGCUAAAGGUGAUGCUACUGCCAGCAAGUUUCCAUCACCAAUUGGUGGGGCAUCAGUUCCAGGUGUAAGCUUCCGAGCACCAUUCGAUUCUCCUAACCAGAAUGUUGGUGGAAAUCAAUUCAUGAUUCAGCAUAGGAACAUGCAGUUCACACCUUCAGAUUCCAUGGACUGGAGAGGUAAAACAGGUCACGGUGCACUCAAUUCUCCAGAAAACGGUGAUUAUGAGCACAUUCCCGAGUAG